AUGGCUUGUGGGUCUUCUAAUAAUGAUCCACAAAUUGUUGCACAACACUAUUUUGAUGCUAUUGAAUGUUUAAAUGUCAUCAGAAUUGAGUUGAGAAAUCUUGUUAAUGAGUGGAAUCAUCACAACAUAUGUCCAAGUAAAAGAGCUGAAACCCCUGGAGGUAUUCCAGAGAUAUUAUUUUUCUUACCAGAGCAGUCAGUUCCUUCAUUUCUUGGUGACAAUCACAGUCAACCCUCGUCAGAUAUGAAACAAUUUCAUGAUGAGGUGUUUGCAAGUGCUAAACACAUUGUGAUCCUUUCAGGAGCUGGGAUAAGUGCUGAGAGUGGAAUCCCUACCAUCAUCUAUAACACUUGGAGAGAUACAAAGUAUGCUGAACAAAUUGCUAAUCCUAAGUGUUUUCAAAUUAAUCCAUCCCUUGUCUGGGAAUUUCACCAUUACAAACGUAAGAUCAUGCACUCUAAGCGACCCAAUUCUGCUCAUAUGGCUAUUGUAGAACUUGAGAAACGUCUCACCUCAGGAAGAACAGUGACAGUCCUCACUCAAACUAUUGAUAGACUUCAUCAUUAUGCUGGUUCUGAAGAUGUUAUUGAACUACAUGGGAGUCUCUGGUUGACUCGGUGUACAAAAUGUGGUGACAUUGAGGAAAACCAUACAAUUCCUAUAGUCCCAGCUCUGAAGAUAAAGGGUGCUCCAGAUGUUGAUGCUGUUGAUGCUCAAAUUCCAAUAGAAGAGUUGCCUCAAUGUAAGAAAUGUCAUUCUCUUCUUCGUCCUCAUGUCACAUGGUUUGGAGAAGAACUGGAUUAUGAGAUUAUUAAAAGGGUAGAAGAAAAACUUGCUUUAUGUGAUCUUUACCUGCUUGUUGGGUCCUCCUCUCUUUUCUAUCCAGUUGCUGAAUUUGCUCCUACUUUAGCAGCACGUGGUGUACCUGUUGCAGAAUUAAUUUGCAGGAAACCCAGUCACUAG